AUGUCCCGCAAACAUACUGCGGCCACACAUAACAUCAUUACCGGCUUGCGCAACGGAGCCGGUCCAUAUCAUCCAGCUCUACGCGCAACGCCGAUGGCUUCGAGGGCGCUAUCGAUAUUUUUGGAGGUGCAUUGGGAUGGAUUGGGAUAG